ACCACCUGUCACUUCAAAAUAAGUUAAUAACAAAAUACUGACUGUUGUUAUUGAGAUUGAAAGGAAUUAUUUAUUUAAUUGAAUUUAAAUUUCCAAGUAAUUGCUAUUUAAGUUGAAUUUUUUAUAUCUUGAUCUCAGGGUUCUGCAAUGGAAACGGAAUCAAGUAAAGAAUGUCCGACUUCCGAGACCAAGGAGGGAUCACUUACAGCUGCCCAAAGGGCUCGGCUGGAGCGGAACAAGAGUAGAGCACUCGCACUGAGAGAAGCUCGUCUCGUCAAGCGCCCAACAGAAGACAAGAACGACCGCAUCGAAAAGAAGUCGAUGCGUCCGGUGGACUCCGGCGGCGGCUUCCUGCUGGAGGCAGAGGAGGACGUGGCGACCCCCGCGCCCCGCGCCCCGCCUGCGCCCAUCGUGCACCGCCCCGACCAGCCGCGCUGCCUUCACUGCGGCUCGCCCUUUCCGCAGUCCUAUCUGUUGGACACCUUCGAUUACAACGCCUGCGACGCCUGCAGGGACGACGAGGACAAACAUGAGCUGAUCACCCGGACGGAGGCCAAGAGCGAGUUCCUGCUGAAGGACUGCGACCUGGACGCUCGGCCGCCGCCGCUGAGGUGUGUAAGGCGCCGAAACCCGCACCGCGCGCGCUUCGCCGAGAUGAGACUGUACCUGCGCGUGCAGGUGGAGCAGCGCGCCCUCGAGGUGUGGGGCUCCGAGGAGCAGCUGCGGCGGGAACGGGAGGAGCGGGACAGGCGCCGAGAGCGAGCCGCCGACACAGCCGCCCGCCGCCGUCUCCGGGCGCUGCGGAUGGACGUGCGCUCCAGCCUGUUCGACCGGACGCGAGCGGCACACGAGCACGUGUACGGCCCGGAGACCUACGACCCAGACGAGGACGUGUACCGCCGCCGAUGCGAAUGUGGACACGUGCAGAGUUACGAGAAGAUGUAGGCAGACAAUGAAACAUAGGACAGGAUAAAUUCGUUUAUUGUGUGCUCAGAGCCGUCGGUUAAAUGGAACGCACUACACGAGACCGUGCACGCGAGAGAAAGUGACAAAUGCGAAUGUCCGUUGACAUAGACAGUAUUUACUAUUCUUAUAAAUAAAGUAUUAAAUCUAAGAAGAGAAGAUGUUCACCAUUCACCGUCAUGACGCCGACGUCGCCGACCGCUUUCCAAACAAAUAUAAAUCAAUGGAAUGACUAUUGAAACAUAAUUUCCACCUUUCGUAAGCUGGCUCUUGGUCCCGGACGGGCCCGGCUCUCACAGUCAUAGUUCCUUGUCUGAACUAGGAGUUCUAUUCUCCUCCACGAGGUCGGUGUCAUGUUGAUGAAUGGUUUGUAUCUUUUAGACAGAUUUCAAAUCUUCCGGUAGAUCAUUUUUGGGAUGUUUGUUUUCAAAGUGUUGCUUGUAAGUUUUUGGGUCCGGCAUUUGAGCCUGAAACAAAACAGAGUGCAUUCAUGAAAAAAUGGAUCGGAGACUUGAGACUGUAAAGAUACAACUCUUGUUUAUUUCAUAUGGCUUUGAGUUUUAAAUAAAAUCACAUAAAUGAAGUAAGGAAAAUGUUUACUUUUAGAAGUCAUUGUUUAUGUCAACCAUAAAAGUUCAAUAAAAUUUUACUUUAA